AAAAGUAUAAACCUCACGUUGAUUUUGAAUUUUUAUAAUGCUUUUGUAUUUUUGUAUAGUCACUGACAAACAAAUUCAUUCGAUAUACAUAUGGACACAUAGAGACUUAUUCGAAGUUUCUGAACGAUGAAACUUACCAUAGUCAUUAAAUCAAUUUCAUCAAAGAAUGUGUACAAAGCUGUUCUUGCCUUUUUAUUUGUAGUAUGGAUGAUAUGGACAUUAGAACAAAUAAAAGAUUUUGAAAGAACAGAUUUAAAUAAUAUCAAGACACAACCUCAAGUUUUAAGGCCUCGUGGUUCUGAAAAAAAAAUCACUAUAUUAUUUUAUGCAAAACCUAUUUGGUUAAAUCCAAAAUCAAUCAUCUUUGAUAGAUGUACCUACAAAAACUGUGAAUUAACAGUAGACAAAACGCUUUUUUCGAAAAGUGAAGCUGUCAUCUUUCAUCAUAAUUCUUUCUGAACAUUGCCUGAAAAGCCAAGUGGUCAAGUAUGGAUCUUUGCUACUCUCGAGAGUCCAUAUCAUACUAGUAAAAAUUUUAAAACUGACAAAUUGAAGAUGAAAUUUAAUUGGACACAAUCGUAUCGAAAAGAUUCAGAUGGAUUUUCCCCGUUUGCAAUUCUGAGGAAACAGCUUAAAAAUCCAGUAACGAAUUACACUGAUAUAUUCACCAAGAAAACAAAAAAUAUUGCUUGGGUCGUUAGCCAUUGUCGAACUCCAUCAAAGCGAGAAGCUUAUGUGAAAGAACUGGUGAAAUAUAUUGAUGUUGAUAUUUAUGGAAGUUGUGGUAAACCAUGCUCAUUCAAAAACAAAGAAGAUUGUAAAUCCUAUUUGAGUAAAACUUACAAAUUUUAUCUUUCUUUUGAAAAUUCAUUAUGCAAGGACUAUUUGACUGAAAAAAUACUUACGCUGUACAGGAAUGGUAUGAACUUUAUUCCAAUUGUUCGAGGUGCACCUAAUGCAGGAGAUUAUUUGCCACAAAACACAUAUAUCUCAACGUCUGAAUUCCAGUCACCUCAGCUUGCGGCAUUUCUAAAAAAAAUUGGCAGCGAUGAAACACGUUAUAUUUCAUAUUUGAAACAAAAAGACAAAUAUUUUGCUGAUGGAUCUGGAGGGUUAAAAUUGGGAUUUUGUGACAUAUGUUAUCAUUUAAAUGUUAGAAAUCAAAAUCCUAAAAUUAUUGAUAUCAACAAGUGGUUAUGGGAAAACCAGUGUCAUAUGCCGAAUGACCUGCACACUUAAAAAGAAGAUUUCUAUUAGAGAUUUACAAUAAAUGUCUGACUCCGACCCGAUUCCGACUACGCAUUCCCUUUAAAUGAACAGUUCCAACAAAAAAAAUCAAAAAAAAAUAUGGCUAUAUACUAUCAAAUAAAGUAUUUCACCCCUGAAGCCUCCAUAUCCCAUCAAUGGUCAUCUCAUACACUACUUUGUCCCGUCGUUUUGAUUCUUUUUUCUUUUUCUAUAUAUCCGUUUGAUCUACUUACAUGGUGAAGUUAGUCAUCAUUUUGCGUCAGUCACCGUUUGUAUCGUUUGUUGUCAAUUUUAUGUUUUCUUUUUAAAAUUGAUUGAAAAAAAGCUAACAUAGAACACUCUUUCAAUUGCUUUGUCAAAAAAAAAUUAAGACAAAAUCCCGACCCGAAAGGCUGAAAGGUUAAAGAUCUUGUAGAUUUGUCUUUUUGGAAAAAGAAGCGUCGCAUGGUUCUGUGUUGGCCGGCUUGUUUUUGUACACUUUUAAAUUCAGACAAAAAAUUGCAAGCUAACAUGACAGGGAGGAUGAUUGGAAUGACUUAGAAGGUUACUGCUGAUUGAAUAUAAUCAUUCAAGUAAAUGGCGCCAUUUUCUAUUUAUCGCGAAAACAGAAAAAGCAAGAUCGACAGUUAUAUUUAGAUACAUGUACUAUUUAUCAUAAUGCUUUUGUAUGGAAGUAUUCUUGUUAUAAUUCAUAUUGCAGAUUGUGAUUACAGGAUUGUGGCCAUAUCUAUGAUGAGUUUAUUUAUUUUACUUUAUUAUAAAUAUAUUAUUAUA